UAAUAUUUAGAAUGUCAAUGAACACUCGGACACAACAAGAUAUACAAUUGAGCCCUGAAACGGUAAGAUUGACACAGAUUUCGAUUGGGACGUUUGGGCUCACCAUCGUUUCAGUGGAGACGUAGUUCCAAAGAGGAAGUACGUAUUGCGCAGGCGCGAUUUACCAGCUUCAUGACGCUGCAUUGUGGGAAUGUGUGUUUUUACAGUUAAUGUACAAUAACAAUAUAAAUUAAUUAAAAUAAUAUAUAUAUAAUAACUGUAUUCAAUCAUAUUUAUAUAAAAUACAAAAAAUAAAAAACUUUAUUAUUUUUGUUGUCCGUAACUAAGGGCGCUUAAGUGAUUGUGCGCAUGCGCGUUCGUGUUUCUUUUGACCGUCAACAUCCCCGCUGCUUAGUUGAAAUGUUUGUCCAUUUAUUACACAAUGCUGGUGUUUACAUGUGAAUAGGUUAACCAAGUGAAUUGAAAGUAUUCUUCACCAACUACACAUGCAAGUAAUUGUAGCUGCCAUGAAGCUAACAUGUAAACAGGUUCUUACCGAAGCCAAGGCCCCCGACUUGGAAAGCGUGAGGAAACUGAACUGCUGGGGAUGUAAAUUGACGGAUAUUUCCAUUCUGUCCCAAAUGCCAAAUAUUGAAGUACUGACACUGAGUGUCAAUAGCAUCUCGGAUCUCUCCCCUCUGGCUGGAUGCUCGUCUCUGUGUGAGCUCUACCUGAGAAGCAACAUGAUUCCAUCCCUUUCUGAACUCCAUUACUUGCGUUCCAUGACGCGUCUACGAGUGCUAUGGUUGGCUGACAACCCUUGCUGUGGUACAGACUCCAGCCGGUAUCGACUGAAUGUCUUGCACUUCCUGCCUGGGCUGCAGAAACUGGACAACCAAGUCGUGACCGAGGAAGAGAUUGCGUUAGCGCACAUGGUCGGUGAGGAGAUCCGCACGCCAACGAAAGCAGCCCAGACCCAGGUCUCGGUCUCAACCAACGGGCUUCCUGAUGCAGACAAAGAAAACAACUCACUCAGCCACAAUGUGGAGGAUACCAAUAAUAUCAGACAAGAACCGGGGAUGAAGCAUCCUUCCAGCGACAAGAUUCCCUCUCUGAAUUCCCAAUCAACGAGAUCAUCGAUGAAAAGGACACACACUCUGGAAGCCGUGCUGCUUCUGCUGAGGGAUCUGGAUCCAGACGAGCUGCGCGUCGUCGACACGGAAACGCAGAACCGACUCAGGACUUACACGAUGGACUCUAUGGAGACAUUGCGAGACUCGCAAACGCAGAAAACUGUUGACAUUGCGCAAUGAAAACCUCACUCAGUCAUUCCUGACUUGAAACAGGGUCACAACACACACCUUUUGGUCCUCUUUGCACACCGUUCACACAUUCAAAAACCCGACUAACCAAAUUAUGGCUUUCAUUGUUGAAUGCCUGCCUUGCACGAAGAAAAUAAUGUACGUUUUACUAUAGGUGUAUCUAUUUCUCUAAUUAAAGUACACAAUCAA